UUAUGUUUCAACUAACUGCUCCUUUUUCUUCUUCGUGUGAACAAUUCCAUCUUCUCGGAUCUCUAAUCAACAAUAAAUUAAUCUACGGAAGAAUCUAGAAAUUAAUUACCACAAACAAUGUCUUACUACCCGAAAGGCCACCGCGACAGUGACGAUGUCCCUGAGUUUGACGAGUAUGAUCACACUCCCUAUGGUGGUGGGUACGAUAUUUCAUUGACAUACGGCCGACCGAUUCCGCCUUCAGAGGAAACUUGCUAUCCUCCGACGUCGUCCGCCUCCGACGAUUUUGACUAUGAUCGCCCCCAUUACUCUUCCUCUGCAGAGCCAUCUGCCUAUGCUGAUGAAGCUCUGGAUAAUGAGUACCAGAGCUAUUCCAAGCCCAAGACCAAGCCUCGCCCAUCUAAGGACGGGGAUGACGAAAAUGAGAAGCCUCGGCGCAACCCCGGAAUGAAUCGUCCUAGCGAUGGUGGGAGUGGAAUUGAAUCUGAUGAAACCGGGUAUGGAAGCCGGACUGAGUACGAGAAACCCAAAAAGGGAUAUGGACGUAAGAGCGACGAGGAUGAGGAGCCCAAAUCCGAAUAUGGAUCAGGAUAUGGACGGAAGAGUGAGCCAGAUUCAGAAUAUGGAUCAGGUUAUGGGCGGAAGAGUGAAUACGAGAAGCCAAGUUCCGAUUACGGAUCUGCUGGGUAUGGGAGGAAGAGUAAAUAUGAUGAAGAACCUACAUCCGAGUAUGGAUCAAGUUAUGGAAGGAAAAGUGAGAAUGAGGAGAAAAGUUCGGAAUACGGGUCUGGUUAUGGACGAAAAACUGACUCUGAUGAGUAUGGAUCAAGGCACGGUAAGAAAAGUGAAUAUGGGUCUGGUUACGGAGGAAAGACCGAUUCUGAUGAAUAUGGAUCAGGGUAUACAAGGAAAAGUGAGUAUGAAGAGAAAAGUUCAGAAUAUGGCUCCGGUUAUGGACGAAAAACUGAUUCUGAUGAGUAUGGGUCAGGAUAUCGAAAAACAAGUGAUUACGAGGCGAAAAGCUCGGAAUAUGGAUCUGGUUAUGGACAAAAGACGGACUCUGAUGAGUACGGGUCUAGUGGAUACGGGAGUAAACCCGCAUCAGGGUAUGGAAGGAAAAGUGAAUACGAGGAGAAGAAUUCGGAAUACGGGUCUGGUUACAGACGAAAGACCGAUUUGGAUGAAAAUGAAUCUGGUGGAUAUGGGAGUAAAACCGCAUCCGGGUAUGGAUCAGGGUACAGAAGAAAAAGUGAUGAUGAUGAGGAGAAAAACUCAGAAUAUGGGUCGGCAUAUGGGCGAAAGACCGACUCUGAUGAAUAUGGAUCUAGUGGAUACGGGAAGAAGAAAAACUACGGGGAGGAAGAGGACAGUGGGUAUGGUUAUGGAGGAAAAUCAACUAGUUAUGGCCGUUCAAGCUACGAGACAACAGAGAGCGAAGGGUACGGGAGGUCAACAAUUGAGAGGCCUAGUUAUGGAAGGUCCGAGGAAGAGGACUACAAGAAGCCUAGUUAUGGGAGGCGUGACGAUGAUGAUGAAGGCUAUGGUCGCAAGAAAUAUGGUGAUGAUGAUGAUGCCUCCGGGGAUGACGAAGAGAAGAAACAUCGCAAUAAGCAGCGCCACCAUCGCAAACACUCCGAUGAUUGAGUAGAGUGCUUCUGUCACCUGCUCCAUAUUCAUCCUUUGUUAGAAAUUAUAGUAGUAGUAAAUAAAAGUUGGCAUCUAUUCAUAGUGUUUCGUUCUAUUGCAAACACUGACCAUUAAGUAGAGUGCUUUUGUCAUGUGCUCAAGAUUCAUGCCAUUUUACUAGUUAAUGAGUAGUAAAUAAAAUUUAUCUAUGUAUUCAGUGUUUUGUAUGUUGGGAGAAGGAAAUGUUGGCAGUUAUCUGUA